GGUCGGGGGUGGGGGGGUGGGGGUGGGGACAGGUGUCCCCCUGAAAUAGAGCGCAAGCUGCAGCCUGAGUUUGGCCGUAACCCAGGAAAUAACGUCAGAGACAGGUAAGAAUGACCACUUUAACUCACCGGGCCCGUCGUACAGAAGGAGGGAAGAACUCUGAAAAGAAGGUGGAAAGUGAGGAAGACACUAAUCAAGACAGAAGUCAAGACAAUGAGGACACUGAAGACUCUAAGGAUAUCCGCCUCACGCUUAUGGAAGAAGUAUUGCUCCUGGGACUAAAAGAUAAAGAGGAGGAAGGAAAAUGGUACCAGAAAGGAGGUCUGAGAUGCAUGAAGGAAUGGUCAGCAAAGAAUUUGGGUUACACAUCUUUCUGGAAUGACUGCAUAUCAUCUGGCCUGCGAGGGGGCAUCCUGAUAGAGCUGGCCAUGCGAGGUCGAAUCUAUCUAGAACCCCCCACCAUGCGUAAGAAGCGACUACUAGACAGAAAGGUACUACUAAAGUCAGACAGCCCAACGGGUGAUGUUUUACUGGAUGAAACUCUCAAACACAUCAAAGCAACUGAACCCACAGAAACUGUCCAAACAUGGAUAGAGCUACUCACUGGUGAGACCUGGAACCCUUUCAAAUUACAGUACCAGCUGAGAAAUGUAAGAGAGAGAAUUGCAAAGAACCUAGUAGAGAAGGGUAUUCUAACCACUGAGAAGCAGAAUUUCCUCCUAUUUGACAUGACUACUCACCCAGUGACCAAUACAACAGAGAAGCAGCGACUAGUGAAAAAGCUUCAAGACAGUGUCCUAGAGCGGUGGGUAAAUGACCCUCAGCGUAUGGACAAGCGAACACUAGCACUACUGGUGCUAGCCCACUCCUCUGACGUGCUAGAGAAUGUCUUCUCCUCUCUGACAGAUGACAAGUAUGAUGUGGCAAUGAAUCGGGCCAAGGACCUAGUGGAACUGGACCCUGAGGUAGAGGGGACAAAGCACAGUGCCACAGAGAUGAUCUGGGCUGUGCUGGCAGCCUUCAAUAAAUCCUAAAGCCAGCAGGUGGGUUUCUCCUUUUCCCUUACUGGCCAGUGACUGUCAGAGACACCAUCAGCAAGCUUUGUGUGAUGAGAUGUUUUCCAUCAUGUUUUUUCCUUCUCUUGAAUCAAACUCGUUAUUUGGGGAGAGCAACUUCAAGGCUCCUGUAUAGACCUUGACUAUUAUAAGCAGACUUUAUUUUUCCCUAUACUUCCACUCCAGAGGUGAAUAAACUGGGUGAACCAACACACACCCAAUAAAUAUUUUCUCUCAUUUCUUGGUUUACUUCCAUCUAGUGUGCUUUUGCAUUAGCAGGAAUAUCUAAGUGAGAUUUGGAUUUCUCUAGCCACAGAAUGUGAAUGAGAUGUAGAGCAAACCAUUUAUCAUAUAUUUAAAAUUUUAUUUUCCAUUUUAAAUAUAUGUUUUCAGUCUGUCUCUCAGGCUCUGCUAAGUAAUGUAGCUUGUUGAAGUAACCAUCUCUUUGAAUAAGGGGCAAUGGAAACAAAACUAAUUUUCGGAGCAUAUGGUCUCUGGGAUAUAAAUGCGUGUCCCGCUAGUGGUUUUCUCAUUUUUCCUUUUCUAACCUAAUGAGAAUAUUCCAAAUGUGAUUACCUGGUUCUCACAGUCCUAGAACCAGAAAUAUAUUCUCUACUCUCUCUCAGCAUUAUCCUACUCCAUCAUUCAUUAGAACAGAAGUCUAAAUGAAAAAAAUGUAUCUCUCAACCACCUUCUUCAAGCAGUCAGCAAUACAAUUUGCAAAGGGAGGUGGCAUCAGAAUUUCCUCUCUUUAGCACAUGACUAUCCUGAUUCCUCCUGACUACUUUAAAUGUCCCUGCUCUGAUUGAAUUUAGGGAGUUGUAAAUUUCAAUUGCAGAAAGCAGCAUCCUGAGUCCAGACAAUAUAUCUAAACUCUAGAUCUUCUUGUUCCCUAUUUUGGCUUCCUACAUAAAUUGAUAGAUUCUGUCUAUAUUUAAGGGUUCUGGAGGUACUUUUAUCUAUAUUUAAUCCACAGAUACCCUUCUAGUCAUUAGUCUUGUCUCAACACAACCAUCUGUCUAACCAAAUCGCUAAAACAUUUUUUAAUUCAGUAGUGAAUGCAAACAGAAGCUUAUUAAGAAAAAUCCUGUUUAGAAGGGCAAUUUGUUCUUAAAAGCAUCCUGAUAUAAAGUCCAGUAUUUGGGAAUAUAAAGAGGACAGGCACCAAACUGUGCUAAUGUCAAGCAUUUGUUAUGCUGAUACUUUUAAUGGAUCUUGCCUCUUGACAGCUACAGAGAAACGGGCUAUCAAAGGGCUAAUACAGAUGAUCCAGACCUGACAUCAAAUCUUCCUGAUCAGAAGUAAUUAAAUGAAUGAUUGUAACUUUCAUCUUCUCCCCUAAACCUGUCUAGCUCCACAAAAUUCCCAACUCAAUUAACUUUCUUUUUUCACUUUUAGGUAUCACUUAGGUGACUGGAGAUAUAAAUUUUAAAGUGAAACAAAUUCUUAAAUGUGAAGCUGAGUAGAGCUUCAGUCUGGCUCUCUAAAAGUAUAAAAACCAGUCCCUGGUUGCCUCUACCUGACUUAGUUUUUUCUUUCCAUAUGAAAACAAUUCAGCAUGAAUUGAAACCAGGUUUUCCUGUGGAAAGUUUCAGCUUGAUUGGGAGAGUAGAAGUUGAGUUCUUUCUAGCAACUCUUGGUCAGUGUUUAUUUUUAUACUGUAUCUCGAUAAGAUGAAGAUGUCUUCAGUUUGAAUCUGCAUAAUGUUCAUUGCAAAACACCUUUUCAUUUAAUGCAUAUGGCCUUCACAUUUCUGUAUAAUAAAGAUUAUUGUCUCUGGUA